CCAGAGCAUCAAUAUGGAUUCGAAUGACUUUAAGAGCUUAGUCCUGUACUACGGAAGAUUGCGUUUCUAUAAUUCAAUGCAGAAAACAGCAUUGGAUGGACUAGCCAAGUUUCCAAUGCAAUCCGAGUUUAGAUUGUACAAUGGCAUUGCGCUUGCCUUGGGUAAUCAUAUGCAGGAGUGUAUUCGGGAAUUGAACCCAUUGAAGAAUGAUUUGGAGUUGGGUUUCGCAGCUACAAUGACUCUUAUUUACGCCCACAAACAAUGUCGUCUAAUGGAUAACGAUGCAAUAGACGCACUUGAAAAGCGAAUAGAAGAAGGAGGUAAUACUCUCAGCUCCGGCUCAUGUUAUUAUACAGCUGUUUUUCUUUUCUUAGUGGGGGAGCUUGAUGGAGCAUUAGAUUAUAUUGGUAGGUCUAUGAAAAUAGACGUUAAUUACGAUGCUGCGCUAGUCCUGAAAAUAUGGUGUGAGCUAUCAUCGAGCACAAAUCAAUCUGCCAAUGGAAAAUGGCAGAGUAUGCUUGAAGGUUGUAUUGCUCGCAGCAAUGGCAAAAACAUUGAUGCAUCUUUAGCACUUGUGCGAUUUUAUCAACAGCGGCGACAAUUCGAUGUUGCUCUAUCAGUAAUAAAUAAGCUCAGCAUGCGAUUUCCCGACAUAAGAAUACCUCUUAUUGAGAAAAUGGAGACACAGCUUGCCGCCCUCGACUGGGACAGUGCGCUAGAUACUGCCAAUAGAGUUGUCAAUAUGGAGCCCUUCAAUGUGGCGGCUCUGCGCACUAAGGGCAUGUUGAAUAUAGUGCGGGAGAGCAAUUUUAAAGCUGCUGCGGCUACACUUCAACAACUUUUAAUUUCUGUGGAACGUAUUGAGCCGAGUAAUCUUACCUUAGUUGUGGAAAUAUGUCAGCUUUUCUCUCGUAUAUGUUCACGAAAUAUUGAAUUGCUUAAAUUGACACUGCGAUGCCUUGAAAGGAUCAAUGAAUUGAAUCCUGGUAGCGUGAGCAUCUUAACAGAAUUGGGCUAUCAAAAAGUAUUGAUCGACAAUGUUCCCGAUGCAGAAUUAGCAUUUCGUUCGGCAUGUAACGUUGAUAGCACCAACUUUGAUGCGCUUUGCGGCCUAACAUUAUGCAAACUUAAAUAUCGUGGAGACUUGGAGAGUAGACAGCAGAUACAACAGCAGUUAGCAUAUCUCAUGAAGCUUACUGACUUAAAGCCUGAACCAAUGGUUAUGUAUAUGUCCGCUUUGUUGGGCGAUUCGAAAGAGGAGGAGUCCGCGACAGUACAGUUGUUGGUCGAAGCAGCGGAAAUACAUUUCAAGAAAUUUAGUUCAUUACCUUUUGGCUUUGAAUACGUAUGCUCGAUGAAUCCUGACUUUAUGCUUGGUAUUUGUGGGGAGCUGAUUCGCCAUACUCCAGCUCCAAUAAAAGAAUCUCACUAUGACUUAGACCUGGGCCAGGAAUCCUUGCAUAUCACAGUCAAGCACAGUCUCAGCAUUCUGGAAAUUAUACUACAUAUAUGUCCAGGACACCAAGGAGCCCUCUUUUUGCAAGCGAAGCUGGAGUUUCUUUCCGGUGAGCAUUCUAAAGCAAUAAGCCGUCUUCAGCACAUCCUAAAUUUAUUUGGAGACACAUUCACGGAAGCUCAUCUACUAUUGGCGCAAGUUCUAGUGGAAAAAAAGCAAUACUUUCAGGCCUUAGAGUAUUUAGAAUUGGCUUUGGCACAGAAUUUUACAGUACGCGAACGACCCAUGUAUUAUUUGCUAAAGGGUAUAAUACUUAAACAUCAACAGAAGCUUUCCGAGGCUCAUCAGAGUUUUCUGCUGGCAUUAAAAUUGGUUGGAGGGAUAUCAACUGUUGCGCAGAUGCAUGAUUACAUUACGCCAACUGAUAACAACUUUAUAACCAGUUCUGACAAAAUGACUAUAUAUAUCGAACUAAUCUAUGUGCUUCGCGAAAUUGGCGAUGUGCAGGGUAUUUAUGAAAGCGAGCGCAUUUUGCAGUCUGCUAUUGAAGAAUUUAAUGGGACAACAGAGAUGGGACGUUUAGUUAUUGCCCACUCGCAACUGAUGCUUGAGAAAUGCAAUGUUACCGAAGCUAUAAAUCUUUUAUCUACAAUCAAACCAGAUCAAUCGUACUAUAUACAGGCAAAGACACAUUUAGCUAACAUUUACCUGACACAUCAAAAAAAUCGCAAUGCAUUCUCCCAAUGCUUUAAGGAAUUGGUUGAAGCUCGACCGGAACCUAGGAGCUAUUUAAUGCUGGGAGAGGCCUAUUUGUCCAUCCAAGAAAGUGACAUGGCAAUAGAUGCAUACCGAAAGGCUUGCAGUAUAUGUCCAACGAAUGCAUUACUGGCUAGAAAGCUCGGUAGAUCCUAUGUCAAAACACAUCAAUAUACAAAAGCUCUGAAGUACUAUCACGAGGCAAUUCAGAAUCCCGGAUAUUCUGCUUUAAAGCUGGACUUAGCUGAGUUAUUUUUGCAACUAAAACAAUAUCAAAAUGCUGCAAAAAUAUUAAGCGACAGUGACAGACAAAAUACAAAUGAUGGCAGUCUUAUGGAAUUGCAACUGCAAACCAAACAGCUGUUACUUUUGGCUCGUAUUCAUGAAAAAUCUGGGAACAUUCCUGAAUCGCUUAAAACCCUCCAACGUGCCCGAGAUAACCAAUAUCGCGUACAUAAACUUUGUACCAUUGGCCAUGUCGAAAACCUCUACGAGCAGUCAAAAAUUUUAUCAAAGAUAUGUAUUCUAAUUGCCCAACAGGCGAUUAAAAUUAAGAACAGCGAACUAACCAUACAUCAUUUUAAGGAGUGUAUUAAAUACACUCCGAAUGAUCUUGAGAUUUUGGUCUCUCUUGCUCACCUCCAAAUGGAGUCGAAAGAAAUGGAUUUGUGUCGCAAUACUUGUCAGCAGAUACUUCAAAUUGAUGGCAAUAACGAAACCGCUUCAGUAUUGAUGGCUGACUUAUCAUUUAGGAAGAUGGAAUUUAAGAAUGCAGCAUAUCAUUUUUCGCAACUUCUAUUGUCGCAGCCUUGCAACUGGACAGCUUUGGCCCGACUGAUUGAGGUUAUGAGACGUUCUGGCACAUUGUCGGAGAGUCUGCCUUUCAUGGAACGUGCUGAACAGGCGUCCUUACAGUCUAAAACCUCAACUGGAUAUGCGUAUUGCAAGGGCUUAUUCGAAUGGUAUAAUGGUAAUCUAAACAGUGCCUUGCGCUACUUCAAUCAGUCUCGGAGGGAUCACAUCUGGGGUCAACAAGCAAAGCUUAAUAUGAUUGAAAUAUGCAUAAAUCCCGAUGGAGAAAUACCGAGUGCAAAUGAUCUUUUAGAGGCGGGAGAUAGUGGUGAAUUCAGCGAGUCCCGAUUAAUUGCCUUGCGAACAGCCGAACGUUUGCUUAAAGAAAUGCGUCCUCGAACUGGAGAGAUAUAUGAAAGCACCUUGAAUCGUAGAAUAUUUUGGAAUUUCUUACAAAUGGCAUCAAAGCAAAAACUUCAAGUUGAACUAGCUCUAAAGGACCUAACUGAGCUUAUGCAAAAAGAAGGAAACCCAUUAAUGGUCACCGUAGUGUAUGCUAUCGCCUUGGCCCUAGUUCAACUAAAGCAAAUGCAACGUGCAAAAAACCAGCUUAAACGUAUAGCUCGCUUAACUUGGAACUAUGAGGACGCCGAAUACUUAGAGCGAAGCUGGUUGCUGUUGGCUGAUAUUUAUAUUCAUGCCAAUAAAUUAGAUGUUGCAGAAACAUUUGUAGAGCGAGUCCUGGAAUAUAACAAAUCAAGCACGAAAGCUUAUGAACUCGGCGGAUACAUUGCAGAAAAGUUACAGUCUUAUGGUGAUGCUGCCAAGCAAUACCAAAAGGCUUGGGAUAGUUGUGGUCAUUCUAAGCCACACAUUGGGUACAAAUUGGCAUUAAAUAAUAUGAAGAAAAAGCAGUAUGCUGAUGCUGUUAAUAUUUGUCAACAAGUCUUAAAAUUGCACCCAGACUACAAUAUUAUUCGCAAAGAUAUACUUGAAAAAUGUCGUAAUAACUUAAGAACUUAA